UGAGUGCCUGUUGCCGGGCCCCAUCUUGUGUUCACACAUUGCUAAUGUUUGCAGUCAGUGGGACUGUUGUGCUUGGUUUUGCUGGAUCCGGGUGACAUCAGUUCCGAGAGUGGGAGCCAGCAGGAGCGUUGCUGAGAAGCGCAUUUCAUCCAGAAAAAGCAGCCAAGGCCAGAGGUGGCUCCAGUGAAACUUGGUGGAAAAGAAGGGAAAAGGGAAAGGAAUAAGCAUGUCCUCCAACUCCAGCCUGUCCACCAUGCAGCGGUUAGUGGAGCAGCUGAAGUUUGAGGCGGCAAUUGAGAGGAUGAAGGUUUCGCAAGCAGCAAUGGAACUUCAGCAGUAUUGUGUCCAGAACGCCUGCAAAGAUGCCCUGUUGGUUGGAUUACCUGCAGGAAGCAAUCCCUUCAGGGAACCUAGGUCCUGCUCUCUCUUUUAAAUCGGGAAAUUGGACUCUCAGCAUUUGCAAGAAGCUUGACUGGGAUAAAUGCUGCCUCUUUAUGAAGAACUAUUCCUAUACCGUUACUUUUCUUACUUGCCAAUUUUUUUCUGUAUUUAUUAGUGUCUUUAUCACAGUUUCCUACUAAUCCUUUUUGUAAAUUAGAAUUUCUAUUUGGAAUAUUUUAACUGACUGACCCUAUUGACACAAAAAAACCUUUUUAAUUCCUAGUAAGUUUGCCAUUUUUAAGAACAAAAUUUGUUUACAUGUAAAGUUAUUGCAAACUUUGCUAUAAUUUAAUACAAAACGUGCCUGCAUUAAAUUUUAAUAAAGAUGAGUUGAACUCAUGUGUACAGUGGGAUAAGUACAGGAAAUUAAUAACUGAUAUAUUCUGGAGAUUUGCCUGCUGACAAAAGUGCCACCAUACUCUUUGAAAUAAGGAGUGAAAGAAUUAUUACAAAAUGAAAUAAUAAGCAGAUUCCACCAUUGACUGUAAUACUUAAAAAGUGUGAACAUUCACUCAAUAGGUGCAUUGUGCAGGAAAGUACUACUCAGCUUACCUUUGUCCAUGUGCUUUUUGGAGCAAUGAAAACAAAAAUUGCAUUCGUAUUGGCUGACACAUUAGGCAUUUGUUGCUAAAAUGGGUUGUUCAGGAUAUUUUGAUAUAUGAAUUUUAUUAAUUACAUUAUUCCAAAGAAUUGUCAACAGCUUUUCAAACUGCUGUUGAUAUGGCUGGGACUCCACCUAUCACAAUAACUUAAAACAUUUUCCUUUUUUUGUUAUUCAAUUAGCUCUUUCAUAUAUGUAAUGCAGCACAUUUGAAUGGUAUCAUUAAAUUGGGUUUGAAAUGUUUUUAAACAAAGGUCUGUUGUAAUGUUGAUAAAAUGGUGCAAAGUCUAGCCAUAAAAUUCAAAUUUUGCAUCAAA